UGACGGCGGCUCGGCUCAUAUUCAGUAGACUCGGCCAUUUCUCUCGCGAAGCGUAGUUAUUUGCUCGGCCGCGACAUUUUUUUCCGUAAAACCGUGCGGGUAUUCCCGUAAGCUUUGCAAAAUAACGCGACGCAAAAGGAUGAUACACUCCGGGCGCACCAGGCUCGAGAAAAAAGUAAGUCGCGUGGGCGUGGGAGGAGGGGGCCAGGUUGGGCAAGGGGUACAAGCGGUUGAAGAUUCCGGUGCAAGUGGUCAAUGGUGGAGGCAACAGCAUCCAUCGUAUCAUCAUCAUCAUCAUCACCAACAUCAUCACCAUUAUCAUCAUCAGGCCGGUUAUUAUACGUCGCAAUCGCUCUCUCACAACAACCCUGUCACAACCAUGAAGCAGUCUUAUAUGCAGCUAACGUGGGUGUUUCACGACGACGAGGCGCAGAUUAAUAAGAAACUGCCAAAAGAAUUACUGCUUAGAAUCUUCUCGUAUCUCGACGUGGUAUCACUAUGCCGGUGCGCGCAAGUAAGCAAAGCUUGGAACGUGUUGGCGCUCGACGGAUCCAAUUGGCAAAGAAUCGAUCUCUUCGAUUUCCAACGAGACGUGGAGGAAUCAGUUAUAGUAAAUAUAUCGAGACGAUGCGGUGGCUUUUUAAGGCAGCUCUCUCUCAGGGGAUGUCAGAGCAUUGGGAACAAUUCAAUGCUCACAUUGGCUGAGUCGUGUACUAACAUCGAGGAACUGAAUCUGAGCCAAUGUAAAAAGAUCUCGGACGCUACCUGCGCGGCCCUAAGCUCUUAUUGUCCGAAACUCCAACGACUGAACUUGGACUCGUGUCCCGAGAUAUCGGACAUCUCCAUGAAGAACCUCUCGAAAGGGUGUUCGCUUCUCACUCACAUUAAUCUGUCCUGGUGUGAGUUACUUACCGAUAACGGAGUGGAAGCACUGGUGAGAGGUUGCAGACAACUACGUAGCUUUCUAUGCAAAGGAUGCCGUCAGUUAACGGACAGAGGUGUCACAUGUUUGGCUCGUUAUUGCACCAAUUUGGAGGCGAUCAAUUUACACGAAUGCAGGAACAUAACAGACGAUGCGGUCAGAGAACUCAGCGAACAAUGUCCAAGAUUGCAUUACGUUUGCCUAUCGAAUUGUCCAAAUCUUACGGAUGCGUCUCUGGUCACGUUAGCACAACAUUGUCCACUCCUUAGCGUGCUCGAAUGUGUGGCUUGCACUCAUUUCACCGAUGCAGGCUUUCAAGCUCUUGCAAAAAAUUGCAGAUUAUUAGAAAAGAUGGACCUGGAAGAGUGCCUUUUAAUAACGGAUGCCACCCUCAUUCAUUUAUCUAUGGGCUGUCCCAGAUUGGAAAAAUUGAGUUUGUCUCACUGUGAAUUGAUCACCGAUGAGGGCAUUCGGCAAUUGGCCCUUUCGCCGUGCGCAGCGGAGCAUCUAGCGGUGUUGGAAUUGGACAAUUGUCCCCUUAUCACAGAUGCUAGCCUUGAUCACCUUCUACAGGCCUGCCAUAAUCUCGAGCGCAUCGAACUAUACGAUUGUCAACUAAUCACCAGAGCUGGCAUACGUAGACUCAGAACACAUUUGCCGAACAUUAAAGUUCAUGCGUACUUCGCGCCAGUGACACCACCCCCAAGCGCGGGGGCAUCUCGGCAGCGAUACUGCCGAUGCUGCGUCAUUCUGUGAUUCGCAUAAAAAUGACUCUGAUGCAAAUCGUCCGAUGUACCACACUACCGGUGGACUUUUAAUUUCGAUGGUCGCCGAUUCACGGCGAUCGUGGGACCUUCUCUCUUCCGGCUUCCAGACCGAGACUCUGGUCGCCUGUCAUCAACAGUGAGAAUAAGCCUCGUCGUGAAUGGAAUCGCGAAACCUUCGAUAGAUAUACCAAUUCGACUCGCAACACACGCAACGAGUACAAAAGAACAGUACGUCAUCAUCUAUAUAUAUAUAUGUAUAUAUAUGUAUAUAUAUAUACAUACAUAUAUAUACAUAUAUAUAUAUACAUACACACACAAAACCACCAGCUGUUGCUGCAAUUGUUAUUAAUGUGUCGCUGCUACUACCGCUCACUAUAAAAACUGUUUCUAUCACCGGUGUCGCGGUCUACAGUGAUAUCAUUUUUAGAACUCUAUUCAUUUCUUUUAUAGUACAUGCUUUGCUAAUUAUCGUCGUCGUUUCGUCACGAAUGUAAUGAUCGUUUAACGAAAAGGAAAGAAAAUUUUCGAGUUCCGAUCGUUUCGUUUCGUUCCGAUCACAUCGAUUUCUUAAGGAAAAAAAAAAAAACGAGGAAAAGAUACGGGACGACAAAUAUUAAAAAUUAAUGACAAAGAAAAUGAUGAAGAAAAAGAUGACGAUGCGCGCGAUAAAUUGCGGGCAUUUCGUUCCUUUUUUUUUCUUUUUCUUUUUCUUUUUCUUUUUCUCUUUCAUAAUAAGCGACACAAUCCGCUCGUAUGCGGGCUAACACACGAUCGUACGCGUAUCGAUCGCGAGCCUGAAAUUUUCGCGGUUGGAUGUUCCACGUGAAACAAACCGAUAGGCACGUAUACAUACGUAUAUGUAUGUAUUAUAUAUAUACAUAUAUACAUAUAUUUUUUUAGUACGACGCAUUCUCUCUUCUGCUAAAUGUAAACGUUAAUCGUCAAAGAAAAGAAAAAAAAAAGAAAAAACGCGCAAUCCGUUCCGGAUGAUAAACCGCAUACAACAUGCGUCCAGUGAUCAUACUUUUCUCGAAUUCAGAAAGGAUUAACAAUUAAAAGAAAAAGGAAAGAAAGGAAACCGUCGUCGCGUUGAACGUGUUUCAAGCUACGUAUAAAGGUCGUGCUAUUAUUCUAGGCAUUCAAUUUCUAUCGUGUGUGUGUAUGUGCGCGCGCUCGCGUGCGUGCGCAUGCGCGUAUGUUUGUGUGCGUGUGCGUGUGUGUUUCUGUAGCAGUUUCUCAAACGAACACUGCCUAUUAUAAUGUUAUUGAUAAGAAAAAAAAAAAAAAAGUAAUUCUCGAUGGAGAGAAAAUGUGGUUAAAAAAAAGAAAAGAAAAGAAAAAGAAAAAAUAGUAUAAUAAAAAAAAGAAUUGAAAAAAAGGAGAGAGACAGAAAGAAAAGGGAAGAAGGUACAAGAGAAUUGUAGAGAUGAUUGCAGAUUUUUUUGAAUCUCAUCGCAAAAUCGUAGAACAAUUAUAUCCCGACCUUCAUUUCGACUAAUUGUUCGAUAUCUAAUAAUUGUUCGUGAAAAAUGGACGAUAUACGGGAAGUUUGAAAAAACAUUUUUUUCCUCUUCUCGUCUAUUAAACGAAUAUCACGAUCUCAGAUGCGCGACUGAUCAAACCGCGAUACCUAUAAAAUUAUUUUUCUUUUUUAUGCGAGACGCGCGUAUACAUAAUGCGAGCAACAUAAUGCGAGAACGGAAAUGAAAAAUAUAAUGAAAAAUGCAACGCGGUUAUUGACUUCUCUUUUUUCUAGGAGAAAGUCAAAAAGAAAUGAUAAAAUGAUGAAGAGAAUGAAGAGGAAGAAGAAGAAGAAGAAGAAGAAAAAGAAAGGAGAGAAAGAGAGACAAAAAUGAUGAGUUCGUUGUGUUUGAAGCUCCCAUUUAAUUGCUGUUUGAUGAUGCAUUUUUGACGAGAACUCGUGAAUAUUGGUGGAUAGAUGGACAACUGACUGUGUUCGCGGAUCACGUUUAGUCGAGUCUCAAACUAUAUUAUAUUCUAUCUUCCAACGACCCAGACAUCCAUAUCAUACAUCUUUUUUUCUUUCUUCUUGUUUUUAUAUCUUUUUGUUUGUUUAAUUUUUUUUUUUUUUCUUUCUCUCAUAUUGUAAUUCGUCAUGGAUUAGGAGAGCACAGACUGAUAAAACGAUUUAAAGCGUUGAUACGUUAAAUAAUCGAUUUAUUUGGUCCCAGUGAUCGAUUUACUGGCCAAUUCUUACUUUUUAAGUCUAGGUUUAUGAUAUGAUGGCAAUACGAAAACCGCGAGCGUAUAUAAGUCUGUGGCUUGCGUUGUAGAUGAGCCAAUACGAAGAAAUUUGUUUGUUCCUUGAUUUUUAAACUACGGAUAUAUAUAUAAUAUAUACAAAAAAAAAGAAAAAAAAAAGAAAGAAAGAAGAAGGAGUUGAUUUCGAAA